CCUUUACAGGUAACAGAGACUCAUAGAACCACCUGUACAGCCAAUAGGAGUGCAGCUGGUGAGCGUGCAGACCUCCCCUAAUGACCGGUUGCUAUGGGCUCUGGACAACAGAGGCAGUGUUCUGGUGAGAACCGGCCUCAGUGACGAGAUGCCAGUGGGGACGGACUGGGAGGCGGUGCCAGGGCUGCUCGUCACUCAGCUGGUUCUGAGCUGCAGGACAGUUCUGGUUCGAUGCCCUAACGGAGACGUGGCCAGGCGGUACGGCGUCUCAGACCGGAACCCCGCCGGAGAUUAUUGGAAGAAAAUACCUGGAAACACCAACUGGUUGACAGUGACUCCGGAUGACGAGCUGUGGGCGGUCACUCUGAUUGGUGGGUUGUCCCGACGUCUGACGAAGCUCCUCCCACAGACCCUCGGUAGACCUUCCCCCUCAGGCCCCUCCCUCAGCGGGGACGAUGACGAAUGGGAGCUCAUCUGAGGAGUGACAUCACUGAACGUGGUGGCUGCUGGGAGAUGGGACUUUAUUUUGAUUUCACCAAGAAAGCACUUUAUUCUGAAAGGACAUAGGAACUCGCUCUGAAGGACCGUCUUUAUUCCACUGGGAACCAGUUUAAAGAAUCAAACUGGUUCCACUGGUUACUUUAGGUACGUUCCUCAUGCUAACUAUAACUCAUAUAGUUCAGAUUAGUUUGACAUGUUAUCUUCAGGCUAACCAUCAAAAGUGAAAUAACUAGAGAUUAAAACAUAUUUUAAAUCUACAAACAUUUAGAUAUUUAAUCUCUGAUACUGCCUUCUGUCUUGUCUGGUUCCACUGGUUCCACUGGUUCCAGUGAUUAAACUAACCGGUGAAACUGAUUGUUUGUGGUUCUCCUCCCGGGGGACGGAUUAAUGAAAAUAUGUAAAAAUGUAAUUAAUGUUCUGUUGAAGUCGUUAAACUGAGAUUAACCCUGGAUUUAUAUGAAACACUUCCCACCUGUGCAGCUGUGGUGUAAGCUGAUUGGCUGCUGCAGACCAAUCAGAUUUCAGUGUAAACUCACCCGUAAAUCAAUAAACACGUAGAAACAG